GGUAUAAUACUGAAAAUGCUACAGCGAUACCUUCAGGUAAUCCCUCGGCCUCUUCACGGAUUGGAAAUUGUAACUCCUGGAAGGAAAAUUCCAGAGUGGUUCGGUAAUCAAAGUUUGGGCAAUUCCCUAACUGUGGAGCUACCUACCACGUGGAUGGGAAUAGCUUUAUGUGCUGUGUUUGAAGUUCAGGCUCAUCUUUCUGAAUUUCAUGAUUUUUCAAUUAGCUGUCACCCACAAGGAAUGGAGACACCUGGAUGUUUUAAAUAUUUUGAAAUAGGCAAUUUGUCGGAUAACCUUUGGGUAAUUUAUGCAUCUCGCGAACAAUUUAAGACGAAAUGCAGUCAGAUAAAUGUUUUGUUCCGAAUUCAUCGUCACAGAUGGGUGAGUGUGAAGAAGAAGUGUGGGGUGAGUGUGAAGAAGUGUGGGUUUCGUUUGGUGCACGAGCAAGAUGUGGAACAACUCAACCAGAUCAUGAUGAACAAAUCCAUCAUCAAUUCAGCUGAUGCACAAGGUCAACAACGCGACGACGAGGAGGAGGCUGGUCCUAGUGGAAGUGGUAGCUCUCACCAAAAAUCUCUCUUCUGCAAUACCUAUGCUAUUUCCGAAGAUGCAGACCAAGAUGAAUUAAAUGAUGUUGUUGACGAAGCUCGGCCCAGAAAAAGAAAAAAGAUCGAUGUGAUUGGGACUGACCUAUGAUUCCUCACUUUCAAAGCAAGAAGCAUCACAGCUGCUGCAUUUCAAUUCAAUGUUUUUUUUUAUUUGGCUCUAUUCCUUGUUUUGUUUUAGGAGCAUAUCUGAAUUUCUCUCAACUUGUAAAGAUUUUCUCCCUCUUUUUAA